AUUGAUAGCAAGAUAACGACUUCAUUUAAAAUGCGACUUCUGUUCAUGUUUUAUUCAUUUAUAAACUCUAAAGAAAGAUAAAGAUGUCUACAAAGGAAUUUAUUUCAACAUCCCGAAGCAAACUAGAAACUGCUAUAAAGAACAAUGAAAAAGAAUUACAACUUUUAAUGAAAGAGACAUACAGCCAAAGCCUGCAUGACCUCAAAAAGAGUAAGAUGCAGAUAACAAAAAAAUUGAAAUGGAUGGAAACAAAAUGGUUUCACGGUUCCCGUUUUGCCAGCGAGGAAUGUGAUGCAAAGCAUGACAUCAUGAUUCUGGAUCACGAUAUUAAUGGACUGGAAGAAAAACUGAAACAGAAUACAUCAAGAAUUGAAGACCUGGAAAAACAGAUAGAAAAAGAUAAAAAAGAUCUUGCUGAGAAAUCUCAGGUUUUGGAAGGGUUUCCUGGCUAUAUUAAUUCCCGUGUUUUGGCAGAUAGUCUAGCGUUUUUUGAAGAGUUAUCGUACCCGAUAUCCCAAGAAAUUCCAUACAUUAACAUUUUAAUGAUUGGAGAAACUGGUGCAGGAAAAUCUGCUUUUUUAAACACGUUUGCGACAGCGUUGGAAGACAGCAAACUUGUCAAAGAUAUAUACAAAACAGCUCCAAAAACAAACGGAGAAAGUGUGACACGUAAGAUACAUUUGGAGCCCCUUUUCUAUAACAAAAACCAGUUACCGAUUCGAUUUUAUGAUAUACCAGGGAUUUGUGAAGAAAAUCAUGUUAGACACCACGAACUGACCAUGAUGUUGAACGGAGAACUGAAAUCAGGUUUAGAGAUGGUCGGAGCUUCUGAAAUGAGAAAGAUGAAAAAGUUUAUUAACAAAAAUCCGACUCCUGCUGAUGAAAUUCAUUGUAUUUUGUAUGUCAUACGGGCCUCAUCAAAUUUAUCUACGGAAGUGUCAAAAAGUUUUAAAGAAAUUAAAAAAGUUCAAAACAGUAGAAAAGGGGAAGAUGACAUUAAGCAAUUUGUAAUCAUCACAGCUAUUGAUGAAAUCGGGGUACCAAAUGAAGACAUGGGAUAUGCUUACCAAUAUCCUUGCGUCAGAAAAAUCAGGGACAAAGUAGCUGACGCCCUAAAGAUUCUUCCAAAUUGUGUUAUUCCGGUGUCGAACUAUUUUUUUGAGAGUAAAGCAAACGAAGUGAAAAAUGCAAUGUCCCUCAUGGCUCUCUGGCUUAUUUGUUCCUCUGGUAGAGAUUAUGUACAACGAAAAUCCGGAAGGAACAUUUUUCCAGAUUUCUUUUAAAAAUUAAAAGAUUUUCUAUCAAAAAUGAUACUGGUAUAUUUGUUGACUUUCAUUGACAGUGAGUCUUGUAGUAUAUAACAGAUAUGUAUCAGAUGUAUAAAAACUAGUUUAAAUUCCUAAAUGCCAUUAUCACAAAAUUAGACAAUAUAAGUACAAGUGUGUCACUUCAUAAAAUUAAAUUGUUUAAUCAUGC